AUGGCUCGCUCUUCUUCACUUGUGCUGCUUCUUGCCGUCUCUUGCGUGCUUGUGGCUUCUUCAUCAGCUGCCAACUUCUACCAGGACUUUGAUGUCACAUGGGGAGACGGCAGAGGCAAGAUCCUCAACAAUGGCGAUCUCCUCACUCUCUCCCUUGACAAGUCCUCAGGCUCGGGAUUCCAGUCCAAGAACGAGUAUUUGUUCGGCAAGAUUGACAUGCAGCUCAAGCUCGUCCCUGGCAACUCUGCUGGAACUGUCACUGCGUACUAUCUAUCCUCGAAAGGAGCGAACUGGGAUGAAAUCGAUUUCGAGUUCCUGGGGAAUUUGAGCGGUGAUCCAUACAUCCUCCACACCAACGUGUUCAGCCAGGGGAAAGGAAACAGAGAGCAGCAGUUUCACUUGUGGUUCGACCCGACUGCCGAUUUCCACACUUACUCCAUCCUCUGGAACCCACAGCGCAUCAUAUUCUCAGUGGAUGGCACCCCAAUCAGAGAGUUCAAGAACGCGGAGAGCAACGGCGUCCCGUUCCCAAAGAAUCAGCCGAUGAGGAUCUACUCCAGCCUGUGGAACGCUGACGACUGGGCUACGAGGGGCGGGCUGGUGAAGACGGAUUGGUCGAAUGCUCCGUUCACAGCUUCCUACCGCAACUUCAAUGCCAAUGCCUGCGUGUGGACCAACGGCAAGUCUUCUUGCUCGGGAACAGCAUCAACUCCGGAUUCCUCUUCCGCCGAGUGGUUGUCGGAGGAGCUGGACAGCACGAGCCAGGAGAGGCUGAAAUGGGCGCAGAAGAACUACAUGAUCUACAAUUACUGCGCUGAUAACAAGAGAUUCCCGCAGGGGCUUCCCCAGGAAUGCAACCUCUCUUAA